GCUUAUCAGGAGGGCAGACUUCAAAAGCUACUGAAAAUGAAUGGUGCUGAGGAGCUUCCCGAGAUGUAUGACUAUGACCUCAUCAUCAUUGGAGGGGGCUCAGGAGGCCUGGCGGCUGCUAAGGAAGCAGCCAGAUUUAACAAGCGGGUCAUGGUCCUGGAUUUUGUCACUCCAACCCCUCUCGGAACUAGAUGGGGUCUCGGAGGAACGUGUGUGAAUGUAGGUUGCAUACCUAAAAAACUGAUGCACCAAGCAGCUUUGUUAGGACAAGCCCUACGAGACUCUCGAAACUAUGGGUGGAACGUCGAGGAGACGAUUAAACACGACUGGGAAAGAAUGACAGAAGCUGUGCAGAAUCACAUUGGCUCUCUGAACUGGGGCUACCGCGUGGCUCUGCGGGAGAAAAAAGUCACUUAUGAGAAUGCCUAUGGGCAGUUUGUUGGGCCUCACAGAAUUAAGGCAACAAAUAACAAAGGCAAAGAAAAAAUUUAUUCAGCAGAGAAAUUUCUUAUUGCCACUGGUGAAAGGCCACGCUAUUUGGGUAUCCCUGGUGACAAGGAGUACUGCAUCAGCAGUGAUGAUCUUUUCUCUUUACCUUAUUGCCCGGGUAAGACCCUGGUGGUCGGAGCAUCCUAUGUCGCUUUGGAAUGUGCUGGAUUUCUUGCCGGCAUCGGUUUAGAUGUCACUGUUAUGGUACGGUCCAUUCUCCUGAGAGGAUUUGACCAGGACAUGGCCAACAAAAUCGGUGAACAUAUGGAAGAACACGGUGUCAAGUUUAUAAGACAGUUUGUACCAAUAAAAGUUGAACAAAUCGAAGCAGGGAUGCCAGGCCGACUCAGGGUGACAGCUAAGGCCACUAACAGUGACGAAACCAUCGAAGGAGAGUAUAAUACGGUAUUGCUGGCAAUAGGAAGAGAUGCUUGCACAAGAAAUAUUGGCUUAGAAACUGUGGGGGUAGAGAUAAACGAAAAGACUGGAAAAAUACCUGUGACGGAUGAAGAGCAGACUAAUGUGCCUUAUGUCUAUGCCAUUGGUGAUAUAUUGGAGGGGAAGCCAGAGCUCACCCCGGUAGCAAUCCAGGCAGGAAGGUUGCUGGCACAGAGGCUGUAUGGUGGCUCCACUGUCAAGUGUGACUAUGAAAACGUUCCAACGACCGUUUUUACUCCUUUGGAAUAUGGUGCUUGUGGUCUUUCCGAAGAGAAGGCUGUGGAGAAAUUUGGGGAAGAAAAUAUUGAGAUUUACCAUAGUUACUUUUGGCCGUUGGAAUGGACGAUUCCAUCAAGAGAUAACAACAAAUGUUAUGCAAAAAUAGUCUGCAAUAUCAAAGACAAUGAGCGUGUUGUGGGCUUCCACAUACUGGGUCCCAAUGCUGGAGAGGUUACCCAGGGCUUCGCAGCGGCGCUCAAGUGCGGACUGACCAAGGACCAGCUGGACAGCACCAUCGGGAUCCACCCCGUCUGUGCAGAGGUGUUCACGACCCUGUCGGUGACCAAGCGCUCAGGGGGAAACAUCCUCCAGGCCGGUUGCUGAGGUUAAACCCCAGUGUGGAUGCUGCUGCCAAGACUCCAAACCACUGUGUGUGUCUUGCCCAAACCCAAGGCGAAGUUUACAGAAUGCUCUCAGGCUUCGGCACCUGCGUGUCCCGUGCUUACACCACCCGAGGCCCCCUUGGAUGUCAUGGGUGGGACAUGCUGUGUGGAAGGCAGGCAGCAUCACACUGGGGUCACCGUGACGGACUCAAAACUGACGUUCGACAGAGCACUGGAGUUGCAUCCAUGAAGUCACCAGCCUCAAGCCCCCGCGGUGGGCGGUGAUGGAACCGUCGAAGCAGUUUUUAGCAUGGCCUUUCUUUUGUAGGUUUUCUUAUUCUCACCGUCAAGCUUUCUAUGUUGGUUACUUUUUUUUUUUUUCCUCCAAGGUGUUAAUGGUACUAGAGAUGAAAAAUAUAAGCAGUCAAUUUUUAUCCAAAAGCAAGUGGUGGCUACCGGUGCAAAUAAGGCGCCCAUCACUGGGACGGCACGGGGUGGCUCAGGCUCGGCCCAGGAGGGAGCUGCCCCUGGGCCCAGACGUGCUGUUCCGCUUGGCCGGCCGGCUCAGCAGCGUCUGCCCAGGAAGCCAUGUGGCCCGAACAAGUCAAGUUAGGGCUGACCAGCUUCCCCCCCAUGCACCACACCACUGAUGAUUAUUUCUAAUUCUGUUUUGAAAAGAAAAUAGCUCCUGGGCCAGGCUCUGUGAAGGGCUGUUCCGCCUCCGGAGCUUGGUCAUAUAGUGUGAGUUCCACCGCUCUUCGUCACGGAGGCAGAUGUACACCUGAAAUGGGGAAAAAACAAUAAAUGUGUUUGUUUAGUCCGUUGUGUGCUGGUCUAAGUGAGCUGAGAUCUUUUGCAAUGGAAAACACUUAACACUCGUUUAGAACUUUGGGAGGAGGUAGCUUUUGCUUUAAGCUAAAAUCACAAGAUAUCACAGCUUUAUGUUGCCUGUGUGUUACAUGUCUGUCUUCCUAAAAGAACUACACUUAUAGGAAAAAAAAGUCUUUCCACACUUACCAAUUUAACUCUUUUGUGAUAUUUGCUUUUUUUUUUUCCCCCAAGGAAGCUAUUAUCAUAAUUUAUUAUUUUUGAACACAGGUGGAUGUGAAGGAUUUUCAUUUAAAAACCAAAUGGUUUUGACUUUUUCUGUUGAAUGAAUGACUGUACUUGGUGGAGUUUGGGCAGAAAGGUGUGUGCUUGCUCAGCAUCUCCCAAUUCCUCGUGUUACCACAAGGAGGUGUUAACUCUGCAGUUAGGAAAUUUCUGGCUAAAUGUACUGACUACAGGUUGUCUGUAGGCCAUGUCCUCACCGUACAAGCUGGAUUUUGACAGUUAGGAAAUUUCUGGCUAAAUGUACUGACUACAGGUUGUCUGUAGGCCAUGUCCUCACCGUACAAGCUGGAUUUUGAACAUGCCGUGGCUGUCAGGCCCCCCACCAGCAGUUCUUGUAGCUCCUUUCUCUUUCCCUCCCCCUCUGUGUGUGUCUCGGCUCAACACGAAGUGGUUGAUUCAAAGUACAUUUCUCGGUCAUCUCAGGGCACUCUCGGUCUCGGGGUCAGCAGAGCCCCUGACCUGGUCUGUCCCACUCACAGGCUGCCCCGCGCCGCCGCCCGCCUGGCUGGGGAGAUCUCAAGUGGGAGAAGGAAACGAAGAGGGGAAUUGGGGCAGCGGACGCUGUUCAGUUUUAUUUAUUUUGUCAUUUGUCUCAGACAUGAGAACACAGGCAGUGCAAGGUGAUCGCGCCGAAUCAUGUGAUUCUGUCUUUGUGGAAUGGACGAUCCUGCCCCCCACAGGAAGGAUGACACUGUAUAGACUUGUCUCUGUAAUUGUCCAAUGUAUUGAAACUCACAUUCAGUUCCAUGUAUUUUUGUUAUAAACCUGAAAAAAAAAAAAAAAAAAAACCCAAUGUGAAACAUUAAAAGGUAUUACUGUC